CUAUCAUUAAAUAAAGCUAAUAAUAUCAAUAUAACAAUUGCUAUUGAAUUUCUUUCACGUUCUAUAUUACGACAUUUAAUUCAUGAAAGCCAAUCUAAUCCUCAAUAUAAUAAUCAACGUUUAUUAAUUAAUAUUGAAAAAUGUUCAAGAAAUUUAUUACAUAUUGCUAAAUGGUCACGUACUGCAAUUGAAAGUAAUCAUGAAGCAACAACAAAUAAUGUUAUGUCACUCGGUAAAUUAUUUGAAUUAAGAAAACAAUAUCUUAUUACCGGGCUGGGUGUUGAUAUUGCUGGAGAACCUUUCGUUCGAAAAAAUAUGCUUCUUGAUGAAUUAUUAAUCGGAGAAUUAUUAGAUUUUUCAACAUUAACAUGUCCAAAUUUAGCUAAAUCAUGGUUUAGAUUUGCUGAUUGGGCUUAUCUUUGGGGAAGACAAUUACUUGCUCGAUCUCUACCAUUAUCUUCACCGGAUCUUGGGCAACAAGUUCGUGUAAUUCUUCCAUCGGAAGUUUCAUCUGACGAAGUAACGGAAAUAUCUCGAAUUCUAUCUUCAAUUCGAAUUUUAAAUGACGAUGAUUCUGAACUUACUGCUUCUGAAUUAUCUUCACUUCAUUCCUAUCGUACAGAUCUAUCACGUGCUUGUUCAUUACUUACAAAGCAUCCAAUGUUAAUCGAACAAUUACUUGCCUUACAUCCACAAUAUGAUUUGCGUCGUUAUUUUCUUUUAGAACAAUCAUGUCGUGCUUAUUUUACAUAUUUACAAUUAAGUAAUACAAGUACGUAUGAGAAAAAAUCAAAUAAUAACGAUGAUGCAUCCAAUGUUCUUGUUACAUUACGUUUAUUACGUGUACUUGUACGUUAUCCUCAACAAUUACGUACUAUAUUUGAAACACAUCUUCUUAACAUGCCAACUGUUGCAUGGAAACGUCUUAUACCACAAUUAUUCUCUCGUUUAAAUCAUCCUGAUAGUUUUGUGAGAGAUUAUGUUACUAAUUUAUUAAUACGUAUAGCAAAAGAUUUUCCACAAUUAAUACUUUAUUCAGUUGUUGUUGGCAUAACGGAUGAUUCAAAAAUGAGACGAAUAAAAUCAAGAGAUGAUAAUAUUUAUCAGAGAAAAUCUGCGAGUACACAUGAAUCAGAAGAUGAAAAGUCACAAGAUGAUAUCGACGAAGAUGACGAAGAAGACGAUGAUGAAGAAAUGGAAGAAGAAGACGAUAUUGAAAAACAAGAAAAUGCUGUCGCUAUGCAAAAUAGUUUUCGAUUAAUUUAUAAUGUACUUUCGGAAACAAAUUCACAUGUUGUUGGACAAGUUAAAUUAUUUGUACAUGAAUUACGACGUGUUACUGUUCUAUGGGAUGAACUUUGA